CCGACUUUCAACAUGGAAGACGAGCAGCAGAGAAGACCCACACCAGCAGAUGGUGGCGAUGAUGAUGCAGACCUUGAUGCGCUGUUUGAUGGGGCACUGAACCUGUACGACCAGGUUGUCGUGGAGGGUGAUAAGAACGCGGCUCAAACAGCAGCAACAGCAGCACAAGCAGCUAUGACCGCAGAAACGCCGAGGGCACGGGCGCCUGCAACCACGCAGGAUGCUGAUGAUGAUGCUGGUGAUGAUGAUGACGAUGAUGAUGCGCUUGGGGACUCGCUUGCAGAGGGCCUGCUGAAGGGCCUGGAGGGAUUUGAAACAGACGACAAGGCUGUGCAGCUCAUGCAACAGCUCAUGUCUGCCAUGGGUACGCCAGAGGACAGCACACAGCCAGUACCGAGCACGGGCAGUACCAAUGACCAACACGACAGGAAUAAGCACCCCCAAGAACACCAGCAGCAGGCGCAGCAGGCACAGCAAGCGCAGCAAGCCAACACCCCAGGAUCGUCAUCAUCGUCCUCAGCAUCGACUAGCACGUCGGCGAAACCGCGAGCCCAGUCGCAGCCGGAUGACUUGAGCGCCGAGUUUGCACGCAUGCUUGAGCAGAUGGCCACCCGCGCUUCACAGGGUGCCACCGCACCGGAAGCCGGCAGCGGCGGCGUCAACGAGGCCUCGCUGGACGAGCUGGAGUCGAUGGUCGACGAUCUACUGCGGCAAACAGGCCUCUCGGUCAGCAGCGACGACGACGACGACGACGACGAUGAUGAUGAUGAUGAUGAUGGGGCUGAGGAGCAUGGGGAGGGGACGUCUGGCGUUGGUUUGGGGCGAUCGAAGCAGCGGCGCAGGCAACGAUCAGCGGAGGAUGGGCAGCAGCAGCCGCCUGACGACCUCUUUGAUGACAUCCUGCAGACGUUUCUUGCCAAGGAUCUUGUCUAUCCGUCACUCAAGGAGCUUCGUGACAAGUACCCGUUGUUCCUGGAGGAGCGCGGUGCCGUGCUCAGCCCGUCAGAGUGUGCGCGGUACACGUGCCAGCACGAGAUUAUCACGCGCAUCUGUGUGGAGUAUGAGCAACCCUCACCGCAGCUUGACACUGUUACCGAUCUCAUGCAGCAGAUGCCCCCGUACGGAACACCCCCCGAAGAGCUGAUGAAGAGCGUUGGGUGUGGAGGUGGAUGAGUCUGGGAA